AUGGAUUUUAGGGCAUUUCUUAAAAAUAAAAUACCCGUCAACGUCCAUCUAUACACCAUAGAGGACUACACGUGUAAGCCUUACCUUUUUAAUUGCAAAUUGCGUGUAAAAAAAGAUAAGGUUAUUAUCUGGAACCGUAUUAGAAAACGUUCUUUUUCUGAAAAUGACAUAUGCGAUUUUUUGUAUCUUCAGUUGAAUAUGUGUUACAUUAGACACAAUAAUAAUGAUGCUGUUGAGAAAUUUAUUAUUGUAUUUUUUGAUAUAACACAUACAUAUUACUUUUAUAAGUAUAUGAUGUAUUGUUAUAUAAAAGGGAGUGUGGUAAUGAAUAGACAUAUUGAUAUCUACAAAGUGGACUGUAUAAAUAAAACAUUGUAUAGAAAGACUUUGUAUGGUAUAUUAAUUUACAAUAAUAGCAAAUAUGAACACAUAUUGGUUAUUUUAAAAGAUUCUGGAGAAAAGAAGCUAAAGAAAUAUAUAAAUAUUUCUUCAUUUUUUCGAGUAGAUGAUCAGCUAAAUAAUUCAAAUGGAAAUGUUUGUGAUGUCUACAAUGAAGAUUUAUUAAUACGAAUUCUUAGAGAAUUAUAUAUUAAGAAUAAAGUAUUCUUAAUUCACAAAAUGAAUUCUAUUAAUAUUAGAUUUAGGAAAUUGGAAUCCAUAUAUGUUGAUUCGACUAAGUUUGUUUUGAAAAAUAUAUUUCAAAUUGUUGAAUAUAACUCCUUUUAUAGCGAUGGUUUUUCCUACAGAACAUUUUUCUUGAGAGAUUGUGAUGAUGACAUAUGGAGAAAAGAAGAACAAACACGUUAUGAAGAAAUCCAAGAAAUAUCAUCUGACAUAAAGCCAUAUAUUUAUAACAUCCAAGGAAUUUAUUAUAUUAUUUAUAGGGCACUCGAAAGGGUUAAAACAUUAUAUUGCAGGAUACCAACAGGAUAUGAAAUUUUACGAGACUUUUAUUAUGGGUCACAAAUGUGUGUAGAACGUUGUGAAGAAAUUAAUGAAGUGGAUCAUCAGAAUUAUGUGGUAGGUCAAGAACAUUUCACAGUUGAUCAAGAAGAUAAUAAUGUUCAUGAGGAAAAUAGAGAUUUGGAUGAGGACGAUAGGCAUAAUAGCCAAGAAACCCAUUAUUCCUUUGAAAAUAAUUACGUUGUAAGAGGUAGUUUUGAGGAUGAUCAUGAAAAUGGCAGCUUUGAUAAAGAAACUGAAAAGUUGGAACAAAUAUGUGAAAUUGGUGAACAAAUAUAUAAGAUGGAUAACAAGAUGGUUGAUAUGGAUAACAAAAUGGUUGAGAUGGAUAACAAAAUGGUUGAUAUGGAUAACCAGAUAAGACAUAUUGAAAAAAGAAUUGUUUUAAUUAAUAAACAAAUGUGUGUCAUUGAAUUACCAACACAUGGAGUUGAGUUAUCAUCACAUGUAAUUGAAUUACCAGUACAUACAUUUGAUUUACCUAUAAAUUCAAUUGAAUUAAGUAUAAAUGAACUUAAAAUACCAAUUGAUGAAAUAGAAAUUCAAUUAUGUAAGAGUGAAAUGUUAUUAUGUAAAAUUGAAAUGCCAGUUUGUAUUACUGAAAUUCCAAUAUGGAAAUUUGAAAUUCCCAUAGGAAAAUUUGAAAUACCUAUACCUAAAUUUAAACAAACAAUACAUUGUAUUGAUGAAAAUAUUGGUGUAAUUGAUUAUAUCAUUCAUGAAGUUGAUCAAGAAAUUUGUGAUUUUAAUAGAUCUAUUUCUUAUAUUAAGAAGAAUAAUAUUAAAUUUGAUCAAUUCCAUUCCAAUGUUGUUAAAUCUCAUCAUGAUAUUACACAUGAUAUUACACAUGAUAUUACACAUGAUAAUUAUAACAUUAAUAAGUUAGGAAUAUAUAAAUCUAACAAUAUAGUUCAAAAUAAUAAUUUGUAUUAUCAAAAACUAUUUCAUAAAUUUAAAAAAUUAUUAUUUAAGAAAAUUCGAGUUGGCUCUAAUAAUACUAAAUCAUGUUUGGAUGGUAUUCAUGCAAUUAUUAAAUUUAUUAAAUGGUUCAAUGAAAAAAAAAUGAAAAAGCGAACAACCUUACCACAAAAGGAAGAAAGUGAAGAAAGUGAAGAAAGUGGACAAAGUGAACGAAGUGAAGAAAGUGGACAAAGUGAGCAAAAUGAACAAAGUCAACAAAGUCAACAAAAUGAACAAAGUCAACAAAGUCAACAAAAUGAACAAAGUCAACAAAAUGAACAAAAUGAACAAAGUCAACAAAAUGAUGGUUCAGGUGUAGAUAUUCUUCCAAAGGCAUGUGAUGUCAUGGAAGUAAGUGAUAUGACACAAAUAAGUGACGUCAUGGAAGUAAGUGAUAUGACACAAAUAAGUGAUGUCAUGGAAGUAAGUGAUAUGACACAAAUAAGUGAUGUCACUGAAAUAAGUGAUGUCAUAGAAAUAAAUGAUGUCAUAGAAAUAAAUGAUGUCAUGGAAAUAAAUGAUGUCAUAGAAGUAAAUGAUAACAUAGAACAAAAUUGUGCACCUGAAAAAUGCCAUUGCUUAGAAAACAGCUACUGCUUACUACAUAAUGAUACUAAAGAAAAAGAAGAUGAAAAUAACCUUUUAGAUUUCAAGAAUUCCAUGAAGGAAUAUGAAUCAGCUCAAAAUGAAAAAGAGAACGUUGGAAUAUUAGAAGGAUACAUUAAUGACUAUAUCGAAAGGACAAUAAAAGGGUUAAAGGAAAAUAAAAACAGAAUAAAUCUAGAAUCAAAGAAUAAUUCAGAUUAUAAUAUCAAUAUAGAUAACACAUUGAAACAUUUAACAUAUGAAAUAUUUUUUAAUAUAACAAAUUCUAAGAAAGAUGUAUCAAAAGAAUAUAAUAAUAAAUAUGAAUUAUUUGCUGCUAUAAGAAAUAUUUUAUUAUCUAAGUAUACAUAUAUAUGCGAAUCUGUCGAAGAAAUAGGAAACAAACCAGGGGUACCAGUGCCUCCAAUUGAUAAGAAAAAUAUAAAAAAUAUAAAAAAUAAAAAAAUCAUAAAAAAUAUAAAAAAUAAAAAAAUCACAAAAACCAAAAAAACCAAAAAAACCAAAAAAAUCACAAAAACCAAAAAAACCAAAAAAACCAAAAAAACCAAAAAAAUCACAAAAACCAAAAAAAUCAUAAAAAAAAAAAGAAUGAUAAAAACCAAAAAAAUCAUAAAAAACAAAAGAAUGAUAAAAAAAAAUAAGAAUAAUAUUAUGAAUUUUAAUAGGGGUGAGGAGGUUUAUUAUUAUAACAAUAAUGGUAAUAUUAACAGGGGAAAUCGAAAUAUAUACGAUGAUAUAUCUAGAAAUAGAAACGACAAUUUGUAUAAUUAUAGAGAGAAUACAUCAUAUAACAAUUCCCCUACUAAUAUAUUAAAUAAUAUGUAUAAUAAUUGUGUGGGUGCAAAAUUUUAUAGGAAGAUAGAAGGAGUGGAAUAUAUAUCUAGAAUUGCAAAGGAACCAAGAUUGCAAGAUGAAAUCAUUAAUUUAUCCGAUUCUGACGAAUUAGAAGACGAUGAGAAACCUUUUGAUCACCAAAAGAACGAAAAAAUAUAUGGUAUGAAAAAUAAACAUUUAAGAACAAGUGGAAAAUAUUCUUUAGUAUUGAGACAAAAUAUAUUACCCCAAAAUUACAAAGAAAAGAUGGAGAUGAAUUCACAAGAUAUAAAAUUAUGGAAUUAUAUUAAUUACGAUAAUAUAUAUAAUGAAUUAUGUAUAUUUGAAUUUAAUGAUAUUAAUAAUAGGAAGAAAAUAUAUCAUAUGAAUAAAGAAGCUUUUAUAUAUGAAAAUGAAAAAUGUAUACCAAAAGAGGUACAUAUUAAUAAUUCAGAAGGAUAUCAAUUAAUUUUAUUAGAUGAAAGAUUGGAUAUAAAUUUAUAUAUGAUGGAUACAAAAGAGGAAAAGUUGGUAAGAAAAUGGUGUACUCGAAAUAUACCUAUUAACAAAUUAUUAAAGAAGAUGGAAAAUAUAUAUUUUGGAUUUAAUGAUACUUCUUUAUUUUUUGUAGAUACAAGAAUAGAAAGAUGUAUCCAACAUAUAUUUCAAUAUAAUACAAAAACACCACGUAUAGAACAUGCAAGUAUAGAUAAUGUUGGAAGAAUAAUAGUUAAUACAUCAGUUGGAGAACUAAAAUAUUAUGAUGGAACAUUAAAUAAACAAAACAAAAUAAAAAAAAGUAAAAAUGUUAUACAUGGUACUGAUGAUAUGGUUCAUUUAACUACAACACAUAAAGGAUUACAUUCAAUUGUUACAUGUAGUAAAAGAGUAAUUAUUUAUGAAAAUUAUAUUGGUAAUGAAAACUUUUUUGAUUAUGUAAUCAAAAAAUGUUAUCGUCAUCAACAGAAUUCAACAAUUCUAUAUAUUGAACCAUAUGAUGAAUUUUUAAAUGAUCUUGGAGAUUAUUAUUUUAUAAAAAGUGUUAUAUAUAACGAUGAUAAAUAUCUUUUUACAUUUGCUAAAGAUUUCUGUGUAAUAUGGAAUAUAUAUGAGGGUAUAAAUCAACAAGUACCUUAUACAAUUAAAAAAAUUCCAGAUAUUAUCUCAGAUAUAUCUUUAUAUGAUAUUAAAAAUGAUCAACGUGCAAUAUUACUAGCUACUCAAAAUUCUUUAAUCUUAACAAGACUAAUAUAA